AUGGACGAGCCACUUCACGUCACGAUUAAUAGGUUGUCCGCGCCGUGCCUGUCGACGGACGGGCUAGCGGAACUUCAUGGGCUCUUGCAAGAUCGGGCAUCCAAUUUGGUCCAGACUCCCGGCGCUCUGAAAGAUAUGAUCUCGAGCAUCUCGCACGCGAAGUGUUCGCUUGGAAUAUGCCACCUUCUGGCACGGUUGUGGGACGUCGGAUGCGAGGAGUUCGAGAGUUUUGCGUUUGAGGAGACGAUGAACUUCCUGGUACAGUGCCAGGGCUCACAGAUUCAGCGGUGUCCGGAGGAAUUCAUUUCCGUGGUCAAGUCCACUACGCGAUUUGCAUUGGAUGCUCAAGAGCAGCCCGCCGAGGGGCCAGCGACUUCUUCGCCCGCCAGCGUCCCCUCCUUUUCGUCUCGCUUACUCGAACCUCUCCUCGAAGGCGCGGAGAAGUUCCGGCCUGCGCGACACAUUAUCACGUCGGCAGAUACGGCGGCCCUUCAGUUGUGCCUGUCCACCGGCCUCUACGACCGGGCGCGGCGCGUGAUUAAUCGCGAUGCAUUCGAACUGAAGAAGCUCUUCUGCCACGACCUCCAUGACUGCAUCGCAUAUUUCGCGAUGGCUGGCGAGGUCUGGGCGGCUUUGCAGGAACACGAGAAAGCAUUCCACGCACUCGACAUGGCCCUCUCCCUUCCGAGCGCCACAGACGAAACUCUCUAUCUUCAGGCCGACGCCUACAAACGCUUCGUUCUUUUGUCGCUGAUGCUUCGCGGGCGCGUGAUACGACCGCCACCUCCUUCUCCGAGUGGUGAAGAAGCGCUGCGGAUGGCGACAUACCACCAGGCGAUUGGGGAGCACGCGCUCGUCUUCCCAGGCGCGUCGACGCGGACUCUGGCGAAGCGGGACGCUCCUGCGUCAUCGCGGCUCGCGUCUGGCGCCCGCAACACCCGAGCCUCUCUCUCGGCCUUUCUCGCUGCCCGCCUUCACGGUCUCAGCGAAGCCAUUCGGGUGCAUGCCGCGCAGCUCAAAGAAGAAAACAACCUGGAACUUGCCCAAGAGCUCAUCGCGAGCGUGCGGUACCGGCAAGUUGAAGAACUCAGUCGGAUUUUCCUGGCGCUUCCUCUCGCGUCGUUCCGGAGGCGCAUGGACGUCGCCUCGGACGCGGAAGCCGUCCGCCUCCUCGCCUCUCUUCCCGUGAAAAAGGGCUCUCCCCCGCUGUGCGCGUACGACGAGGAGAAGCAAGUCGUCUGCUUCCGAGGGCCGUACGCGUCUGCGUCUCCCCCCGCGGGAGAGUCUUCUGCUGAGGGAGCAGACGCCUCCGCAGCGGCCCGCGGAGACCUGAAGCGGCAAAUCGAAGAGUCUCUCCAACGCGUCAGCUCCAUCUCGCGGCGCCUGCGCGCUGUAGAGGCUCGGGUUACGGAGAGUGAAGGCUUUGAGCGCUUUAUGAACGAAGUUAGCGACGCCGGGGAGGGCGGCGGCCGCGGCGGAGGACGAACGAGGAGCGAGGGCGACGAGGGUCAUUCUGCAGAAGCGUAUGUGGAAGACUGCUGGCGGCCGGUGGAAGACGGGGUGCUUGAACGGGAAGAAGAAAUGCAGGUUGUCUCUUUUGAAGAGGAGGGCGCAGGAUAA